AAAAAAAAAAAAAAACCACCACAAAGAAAACCCCAAAACCCCGUGAAUUAUCCCCAAAACCCCACCACCACGAUGAUGCCCAGGAACCGCGCCUUCUCGGAGCCCGAGUUCUCCGCCGAGUACUCCGCCGAUUACUCGCUGAGCUUCCCCUCGGAGCCCGACGGGAGCCACCAGCUCCGCCGCUCCCGCGGCUCCCCCGGCGCGCCCGGCGCUCCGUGCCCGUGCCUGCCCGGCCGCCUCUCCGCCUUCUCCCCGGAGUCCCUGGAGAAGCUCUACCAGACCUAUUUCCGCCGCCAGCGCCACGAAACGCUGCUGGUCCUCGUCGUCUUCUCGGCCCUCUUCGACCUCUACGUGCUGGGGAUGUGCGCCGCGUUCUCCCGAGUGGAGAAACUCCUCCCGGCGCUGGCGGCGCUCGGAGGGCUGGUGGCGCACGGGGCGAUUUUCCUGCUGCUGAGAUCGCGGCUUCUCCCCGAGGAUUUCUCCCAGAGGUUCCUGCCGUGCGGGCUGUGGGCGCUGACGGUGGCGCAGCUGUGGGCGCUGCUGGGGCUGGAGUUCCGCCGGAGCUCCCCGGAGCCGGUGGACACGGCGGGCUGGCAGGCGUUCUUCGCCUUCUCCUGCUUCCUGACGCUGCCGCUGCGCCUGGCGCGCAUCCUGCUGCUGGCGGCCGCGGCCUGCGGCGGGCACGCCCUGGUGCUGGGCAUCGUGCAGCUCCGCGGCGGGAGCGGCCGCGGCGGCGGAGAGGAGGAGGACGUGGACCGAGGGGAGGUGGCCAGGCAGCUGCUGUCCAACGUGGCGCUGUACGCGUGCGCGGUGGCGGUGGGCGCCAUGUCGUACGUGAUGGCCGACCGGAAGCACCGGAAGGCGUUCCUGGAGGCGCGGCAGUCGCUGGAGGUCAAACUCAACCUGGAGGAGCAGAGCCAGCAGCAGGAGCGGCUGAUGCUGUCCAUCCUGCCCAAGCACGUGGCGGACGAGAUGCUGAAGGACAUGAAGAAGGACCCGAGCCAGAAGGAGCUGCAGCAGUUCAACACCAUGUACAUGUACCGCCACGAGAACGUCAGCAUCCUCUUCGCUGACAUCGUGGGCUUCACGCAGCUCUCGUCGUCCUGCAGCGCCCAGGAGCUCGUCAAGCUCCUCAACGAGCUCUUCGCCCGCUUCGACAAGCUGGCCGCCAGGCACCACCAGCUGCGGAUCAAGAUCCUGGGGGAUUGCUACUACUGCAUCUGCGGCCUGCCCGAGUUCCGCGAGGACCACGCCGCGUGCUCCAUCCGCAUGGGGCUCGCCAUGGUCGACGCCAUCGCCUCGGUGCGGGAGCGCACGCACACGGCCGUGGACAUGCGCGUGGGCGUGCACAGCGGCGCGGUGCUCGGCGGCGUGCUGGGCCAGAAGCGCUGGCAGUACGACGUCUGGUCCACCGACGUCACCGUGGCCAACAAGAUGGAGGCGGGCGGCAUCCCCGGGCGCGUGCACAUCUCGCAGAGCACCGUGGACUGCCUCAAGGGAGAGUUCGAGGUGGAGCCGGGCGAGGGCGGCUCCCGCUGCGACUACCUGAGGGACAAGGGCAUCGUCACCUACCUGGUGGUGGUCCCCAAGCAGGGCCUGCGGCACGGCGUCAACGGCGUGAAGCUGUCCCUGACCUCGUCCCAGGGCGUGUCCCCCCCUCCUGUCACCACCAACGGUGGCCUCAGCCCGGAGCCGCCCGAGGACGCCGAGCGCGGCCGCAGCAGCUCCGUGGAGCUCGACGACGACGACGACACCGAGGUCCCCAACCCGUCGUUCCCGAACCCGCGUCGCCGUCUGCGUCUGCGGGACCUGGCCGAGGCGCGCGCGGCGGGGGCGGCGCAGAACGAGCAGGAGCUGAACCGGCUGCUCAACGAGGCCCUGCUGGAGCGCGAGAGCAUCCGGGCGCUGAAGGGUCGGAGCACGUUCCGGCUGUCGCUGCGCUUCAGGGACCCGGCCAUGGAGACGCGCUUCUCGCUGGAGAAGGAGAAGCAGAGCGGCGGCCGCCUUGGCUGCUCCUGCGUGGUGCUCGUCUUCUCCACCCUCGUGGAGGCCACCGUGGACCCCGGGUUGGUGACCAACUACGUGACGUUCGUGGUGGGCGAGGCGCUGCUGGCGGCGCUGACGCUCUGCUCCAUCGCCGCCGUCUUCCCGAGGGGUUUCCCCAAGAAGCUGGUGGCCUUCUCCACCUGGAUCGACCGCACGCGCUGGGCGCGCAACUCCUGGGCGGCGGCGGCCGUGGCCGUCGUCACCUGCGGCCGACGUCAGUGGACAUGCUGGGAUGUCAAGGAGGACGCAGGGUGGUGGCCCAUGGGGUGGUGGCUUCAAAGAUCAGCCAAGACAAUGAGUUACAUCAUCCUGGUGGCUGUGGUGGCCACCGUGUCCCCAUGUCCCCGGAUUGACCCUACCCUUGUGUCUCCAUCUUGGCUGCUGUGGGGCCAUGGGCUGGUGGCCAGUGGGGCAUCAGGGCCACCAUGGGGUGGUGGCCGAUGGGGACACCGUGGGGUGGUGGCUCUGGCCUGCCACCGCCACCGCUGGCUGGUGACCAACGCCACCUCAGGGCCAUCCCGCGCUGGUGACGGCGGCGGCAGUGGCUGUGCCGAGCACCCCAAGUACUUCAGCUACAUCGCCCUGCUGGCCCUGGUGGCCACCGUGAUGCUGGUGCAGCAUUAUCCCAUAAUCCCACCAUCCCACAAUUCCCACAAUCCCAGGAAUUCCCACAAUUCCCACAAUUCCCACCACGUCCAUUCCCAGGUGGAGAAGCUGGCGCGGACGCUGUUCCUGUGGAAGAUCGACGUCCACGACCAGAAGGAGCGCGUCUCCGAGAUGCGCCGCUGGAACGAGGCCCUGGUGGCCAACAUGCUGCCCGAGCACGUGGCCCGGCACUUCCUGGGCUCCAAAAAGCGGGAUGAGGAGCUGUACAGCCAGUCCUACGAGGAGAUCGGGGUGAUGUUCGCGUCGCUGCCCAACUUUGCGGAUUUCUACACGGAGGAGAGCAUCAACAACGGCGGCAUCGAGUGCCUGCGGUUCCUCAACGAGAUCAUCUCCGACUUCGACGCGCUCCUGGACCAGCCGCAGUUCCGCUGCAUCACCAAGAUCAAGACCAUCGGCAGCACCUACAUGGCCGCCUCGGGGGUGACGCCCGACGCCGGCGCCAACGGCUUCGGGGCCAAGCAGAAGGAGCCGCGCUCGGAGAAGGAGCGGUGGCAGCACCUGGCCGACCUGGCCGACUUCGCGCUGGCCAUGAAGGUGACGCUGAUGAACAUCAACUACCAGUCCUUCAACAACUUCAUGCUGCGCAUAGGGAUGAACAAGGGCGCGGUGCUGGCCGGGGUCAUCGGGGCCAGGAAGCCGCACUACGACAUCUGGGGCAACACGGUCAACGUGGCCAGCAGGAUGGAGUCCACCGGCGUCAUGGGCAACAUCCAGGUGGUGGAGGAGACGCAGCAGAUCCUGAAGGACUACGGCUUCCGCUUCGUGCGCCGCGGCGCCGUCUACGUCAAGGGCAAGGGCGAGCUGCUCACCUUCUUCCUCAAGGGCCGCGAGAAACCGGCGCCGCUCCUCGGAGCCACCACCACCACCAUCCCCCUGCCCCACCAGGUGCUGGAGAACCCCUGAGGAACCUUCUGGAACCUCCACCCGCCCCCAUCCCGGAGGGUUUUUUGGGAUUUUUUUGGGAUUUUUGGGGUUUUUAUUCCAUGGAAAAGGCGGAUCUGGGCCGCGAGAAACCAGGAUCACUCCUCAGAUCCUCCACCGCUGUGCCCCUGCCCCACCAUGUGCUGGAGAACCUCUGAGGAACCUUCUGGAACCUCCACCCGCCCCCAUCCCGGAGUUUUUUUUGGGAUUUUUUUGGGAUUUUUUGGGGUUUUUAUUCCAUGGAAAAGGCGGAUCCGGGCCGCGAGAAACCGGCGCCGCUCCUCGGAUCCACCACCACCAUCCCCCUGCCCCACCAGGUUCUGGAGAACCUCUGAGGAACCUUCUGGAACCUCCACCCGCCCCCAUCCCGGAGGUUUUUUGGGGAUUUUUUGAGGUUUUUAUUCCAUGGAAAAGGCGGAUCCAGGCCGCGAGAAACCGGGAUCGCUCCUUGGAGCCUCCAGGUGCUGGAGAACCCCUGAGGAACCUUCUGGAACCUCCACCCGCCCCCAUCCCAGAGGUUUUUUUGGGAUUUUUUUGGGAAUUUUUGGGGUUUUUAUUCCAUGGAAAAGGCGGAUCCGGGAAUUGCGGGCCGCGAGAAACCAGGAUCGCUCCUCGGAGCCACCAGGUGCUGGAGAACCCCUGAGGAACCUUCUGGAACCUCCACACGCCCCCAUCCCGGAGGAUUUUUUGGGAAUUUUUUUGGGAUUUUUUGAGGUUUUUAUUCCAUGGAAAAGGCGGAUCCGGGCCGUGAGAAACCAGGAUCACUCCUCAGAUCCUCCACCGCUGUGGCCCUGCCCCACCAGGUGCUGGAGAACCCCUGAGGAACCUUCUGGAACCUCCACCCGCCCCCAUCCCAGAGGUUUUUUUGGGAUUUUUUUGGGAUUUUUUGGGGUUUUUAUUCCAUGGAAAAGGCGGAUCCGGGCCGCGAGAAACCAGGAUCGCUCCACGGA